UCAAAGCUUCCCCUUCCUUCUCAAGAAAGCAGAGCAAAACCCACUCUAAGCAAUUCAACCUAACACCCAUAACGAAAAAAAUUAAAAUCAAAUAUUGAAUCCUCAGACACACAUAAUCCCAAACCCAACAUACCCACCUAAAUUUCUCCAUGGAAGAAGAAUCAGAGCAGUACGCAAAGGAGUCUGACUACAAUCAACAAGACAAUCCCAGAAGGGUCGUCCCUUCUUCAUCGUCUUCUUCUUCUCCGGCGAACGUUCAGGUCACCGCUCUCGACGGCAUCGUCAACGUCAACUCCCUCUUCACCAUCGCCGUCUUCGUCGGCCUCUCUCUCACCACUCAAGGUCAGCGAAGCCUGGAGAACCGAUCGUCAUGCGACGCCGGAAACGACGUGGCGAGGAAACUUCUGGUGUUUGAGGUAGUGUCGUUCAGCUUCUUCUUGUUCUCGUCUUUGGUGGCUCAGGGGCUGAAGCUGGCGAUCAACCUUCUGAACAGCAAGGACGUGGACGAGGCGUUCAGAUCGCACCUGAACGUGAAGGUUUUGAGGCUGGGAAUGUUGGGCUCCGCCGUGGGAUCCGUCAUGGGAUGCUUGUUCUUGAUGCUGUCGAUGAUCAAUGUGAUUCAGAUCAGGUUGGGAUUGUUGUCUUGUGGAAGCAAAUCGGCGAUUCAUGCCGUUAUAGCUCUCGUCGUCCUUGUUUCUUCCGCUCUUUUGACUUAUAUUUCAACUGCUAUAUAUGCUUUUACACAUUAAUUUAUGAACUACUUGGAACACUUGUUCUGCUCAUCAUUUUCAAUGUUGUGAGCAGUUAUACUCCAUUACUUCCAUGGGAAAGAGGUCUUUU